AUGCUCGCUGUUCCAACGGACAUUCUUCCGAAUGUGGCUGGUCCAACAUGCGAUGUGUGCGGAUCAGCGGGAGCUCAGAAACACUACAGAGGCAUGGCGUGCGGGAGCUGCAAAAUUUUUUUCGUUCGUGCUACUCAACGACAGGCACGAUUUCUGUGCGAUAAAAAUGGCGAAUGUAGCAUAACCAAAGAGACAAGGAACUCGUGCAAGGCGUGCCGCUACAUGAAAUGCUUGCAAGCUAAUAUGACCGAGCAA